UUUUUUCUGGAUAUUUUCCGGUUCCUACAUUUACUAUCCGAACCGAACCGAAUCCGAAACUAUCCAAACCGAACCGAUACCCGAAAUGCCCAGACCUAGUUGUUAGUGUGCUCCUUUAAAAGGGUAUUCCAACAUGGGUUUGAGUCCUGGAAUGAAUAUAUAUUUUUUUAAAUAUAUAUAUAUAUCAAAACAACGUCAUCUUAUCUUGUUAGUGGUUGACUAACUUCUGUCAGAGUCAAUGUAGAUUUAUGCACGUUUUAAGAAGUUUGGAUAUUUUUAAAAAAAUUAUAAUUGAGUUGAGGCUGUUUUUAGCACUAGCCAUAUGUUCGGAUCCUAUUUGGCAUGACUUAAAUUGUUGAGGUCGAAAUUAACAUUUUUCUUCGUAUAUUACACGAUGUCGUUUUUUCUUCUUAACAGUUGAAUAACUUAUGUUAGAGUCAACGUAUAUUUAAGCACGUUUUAAGAAGUUCGAAUAGUUUUUUUGAAUUAUAAUUGAGUUGAAGUCGUAUUUAGCACUGAUCAAUUGUUCGGGUCGUAUUUGGCACGACCAAAAUUGUUGGGGUCGAAAUUGGCACUUUUCCCGUUUAGAGACAAUACAAUUGUAUAUAUUUCUAGAUUUUAAAGAGACAGAGGAACACGACUAAUGGAGAAGGUUCUCUGUAUAUGUGUAAAAUAAUGUAUCCAUUGUCCUAAAUACAAACGAUUGUGGAAUAUUUACAUUGAUUUACAUUGCGGAUCUUUAGCUACUAAUGGUUCAUUAAUAGAUUGUUUGGUGGAAACCCCUUUGAUCUAGUGGUUUAACCAAUGGUUCAUUAAUAUUUCAACACCAAGAGAUCGUGGUUUCACUCUUGGUUUCAAUUCUCUGAGAAUGCUGAUUAUCCAGAAUAUUGGAGAAAAGACUUACAAGACAUUUUCGAUAUGGCGCAAGGCGUACCGUUAGCACUUAGCAAUAGAUCUCAUAGGCCGGCUCAAGGUGAUGCAGUCAAACAGAAAUCUUCAUAAGACAAGUAGAAUUGUCGCAGUAUUAUUGUCUAUGUAACUUUUCUUAUAAUAACAUAAUUAAUCGGUGUUUAAAAAAAAGAUUGUUUGAAUCCAAAGCUGAACAUAUAGAGGAUACAAAUUAAUACGAUACGAUAUAAAUUUAAUAGAUUUUAUGUAAUUAUAUAUUCAAAAAUGAAAUAUCAAUGCGUUAACAUGCUAAGAACUCAAAAAGAUUAUAUCAUUUAAUUUCUCUAUUAUUUUUGAUUCUUAAGUUCGUACAAAUAUAUGUAUAUAUAUAUAUAUAUACAAGAUAAAUAAACUAUUUUCCUAAAUAAGAGAUUUCUAUGAGAUGGCAAAAUAAAUACAUGAUAUUUCGUAGUAAACACUAGUAAUGUUAAUCAUAUCAAUCAACGCGAUUGAUAUCUCAACACGUAAACAUUAAUAAUGUUAAUCAUGCUAAAAAGGAGUGGAAAGGAAUUAAUUCCGUCAAAGAUAUAAAAAGAAACAAGGUCAUUUUGAAUACAUAUACCGUUCUCUCAAUUUUAACAUCUUCACCACACCACAUCAAAAAUGGUCUUGCGAGUGUCAUAUGUUUUGGUGGUUCUAACCAUUCUUUCCAUGGAUCAUAGAAUCUCUCAAGCCACAUCCCGUGUUGCGUUUCAGGAGCCAUCCAUUGCUCAUCACUUCCAACAAUGGAUGAUCAAGUUCUCUCGAGUUUAUAGCAAUGAACCCGAGAAACAGAUGAGGCUGGAAGUGUUCAAGAAAAACUUUGAAUUCAUUGAGAAUUUUAAUAGUAAGGCGAACCAAAGCUACAAACUUGGUGUCAACGAGUUCACGGAUCGGACUAAGGAGGAGUUCCUAGCCACCCACACCGGUCUCACUAGAGGCAUUAAUGUAACUUCAUCAUCCGAAGCGGUUGAUGAAACUAUGUCAUCUUGGAAUUGGAACGUCAGUAAUAUCGUCGGCCAGAGCAAAGACUGGAGAAUGGAAGGUGCUGUAACACCUGUCAAACUGCAAGGACAAUGUUCUAGUUGCUGGGCUUUCUCGGCGAUUGCAGCAGUGGAAGGUCUGACAAAGAUUGCCGGAGGAAACCUCAUAUCACUGUCCGAACAGCAACUUAUAGAUUGUGACGGAGCGCCUAACGAAGGUUGCAGGGGAGGAACAAUGGAAGAAGCUUUCACCUACAUAGCACAAAACGGAGGCAUUUCUUCAGAAGACGCAUACCCUUACCAAGAGAGAGAUGGGACUUGCCAGUCCCAGGCCGAACCCGCCAUGCAGAUCAGAGGUUUCCAAUAUGUUCCACGCAACAACGAGCGUGCAUUGCUCGAGGCUGUAUCGAUGCAGCCCGUCUCGGUAAGCAUUGCCGGGUUGGCUGAAAGUUUCAGCCAUUACUCAAGCGGAGUGUACAGUGAUCCGGCCUGUGGGAUCGCCACGACUCAUGCAGUGACGUUGGUUGGGUACGGGACGAGCCCGGAAGGGAUUAAGUACUGGCUGGCUAAGAACUCUUGGGGUGAGACUUGGGGAGAGAAUGGUUACAUUAGACUCCGUAGAGAUGUGGAGUGGCCUCAAGGCAUGUGUGGUCUAGCUCAGUAUGGUUGUUAUCCGGUUGCUUGACUAGCUUAUCCGGUGAUAUGAUAAACUGAAAUGAUCAAACAUUAUGUCGUUUGGUCUAUUUUAUGAUUUCUUUAAAAAACUAUAUCGCAACUUACGCUUGACCAUAAGCAUUAUAAUGUUCAUUCUGUUGCUCCAUAUAAUAAAUGCAACAUUUAGUUUUCACUCCAUCCCUUCGAAAUGUAUUUUGAAAAUUUUCUACACAUACUAAGAAAGUAUAUUAAAAUUUCCUACUGUACCUUAAUUCACAAUAUAAUUUUAUAUUUCUAUUAAUAGAUUAAAUAAGUAAGAUUGAACCUGACGUUUUGUUUAAAACCCUUGCGUUAAAAAUCCAAGAGAAUAAUAUGAAAAACAAAGACAAUCCUCACGAAAUUUAUUUUACCAAGUCAGGGUGAUAUAAACCACACUCACCUACGAGGCCGAAUAAAUAAACUAAUAGUAUACAUUUAUUUUAUAUGUUUAAUUUACUUUGAUAUUAAUGUUUUAAAAACUAUAUUGAAUAGUUUUGGUUUAAAGUUUUAUAAAGUAAAAAUUAUACUGUUAGUUAAAAUAUAAAAUAUUUUAAUAUUCAUUUAUUAACCCCAACCGCAAACGCUAGUGGAAAACAGAUAUAAUGAAGUUUGCGGAUGGUAACAAAAAACUAGUCAUACCCUUAAUAAAGUGAGAUGAGUUGUCUUUAUAGUUAUAUUUUAAGUUUUUAUAAUUUAAAUUAAGAUAAUUUAAUUGUUUAUAUAUUUAAAUUAGACCAAGUUAUCUACAAGUUACCAAGUUAUCUAUAAGAUUUAUUUGUUUGCUGGGAAAUAGAUAUUAGAUUGUUCUAGGAUUAGUUUUCACUUAUAUACAUAUAUGUAUAACUUUUGGUAUUACACUUUCAGAUCUUAACUGAAUAAAUUAAAAUAUCAGCAACCAAUCAAAUUAAAACAAUUUAUGAAACUUCACAUAUAAAUGACAUGUAGGCAAAAAUAAUUUAAGUAAUAUUUUUAGUAGGAUAGAUACUAAUAUAUUAAGGGAUUUAUUGUUACAUAUCCUUCUAUUUAUUUUUAUUUUUUAUCUUUCUAUAUAUUGUUAUUUCUUAUCCUUCUAUAUAUGGGGUCAAAAUCCUUCUAUAUAUUGUUAUUUUUAUCUACUUAUAUUAUGAAUGAAAUCAUGAUGAUAUACAGUUCCUCUAUUUACAAAGAGUGUUAUUUUAUCACAUUUCACACUAUUAGAAAUUGCAAAAAACACUAAUCUCCAAUUUUAAUGUAUAAUUAAUAAAAUAAAAAUGAUGUAAAGUAGAAUUUUGUUGGUUAUUUAAAAGGACAAAAAUAUGUAAAUCCAUAUUUUAAAUGUAAAAUGACAUUUAAAAUAA